CUGGGCCGCGGCUACCCAGAGUCAGGGCCAUGGAGCUUAGGAGACCUUGGGUCAGCUCUGCAAAGGGGGUGUUUACUGAAUGCUUCCGGUAUCUGCAGCCCCGCUGGGGUUCGGACAGGGGGUCUGGAAUAGGGCUUCGCAACUACAGCAGGGCUAGGACCCUCUUGGGCUGGAAGGAGCUAGAGAGGCCCCUGCAAGCUGUCACAGGCUCUUGGUGCUGGCACUGGCUCAGGCUUUCACACACACACACACACACACAGACACACACACACACACACACACACACACACACACGGACAGGCACCCCCUUGGUGGCCUUCACAGUUUCACCUUCAGGCUCAAAGCUGGCUCUGCAGGGGACAUGAGAGGCACACCGAAGACCCACCUCCUGGCCUUCUCCCUCCUCUGCCUCCUCUCAAAGGUGUGUACCCAGCUGUGCCCGACACCAUGUACCUGCCCCUGGCCACCUACCCGAUGCCCACUGGGAGUACCCCUGGUGCUGGAUGGCUGUGGCUGCUGCCGGGUAUGUGCACGGCGGCUGGGGGAGCCCUGCGACCAACUCCACGUCUGCGACGCCAGCCAGGGCCUGGUCUGCCAGCCCGGGGCAGGACCCGGUGGCCGGGGGGCCCUGUGCCUCUUGGCAGAGGACGACGGCAGCUGUGAGGUGAACGGCCGCCUGUAUCGGGAGGGGGAGACCUUCCAGCCCCACUGCAGCAUCCGCUGCCGCUGCGAGGACGGCGGCUUCACCUGCGUGCCGCUGUGCAGCGAGGACGUGCGGCUGCCCAGCUGGGACUGCCCCCACCCCAGGAGGGUCGAGGUCCCGGGCAAGUGCUGCCCUGAGUGGGUGUGCGGCCAAGGAGGGGGACUGGGGGCCCAGCCCCUUCCAGCCCAAGGACCCCAGUUUUCUGGCCUUGUCUCUUCCCUGCCCCCUGGUGUCCCCUGCCCAGAAUGGAGCACGGCCUGGGGACCCUGCUCGACCACCUGUGGGCUGGGCAUGGCCACCCGGGUGUCCAACCAGAACCGCUUCUGCCGACUGGAGACCCAGCGCCGCCUGUGCCUGUCCAGGCCCUGUCCACCCUCCAGGGGUCGCAGUCCACAAAACAGUGCCUUCUAGACCCCAGCUGGGAAUGGGGACAUGGUGUCCACCAUCCCCAGCAGGUGGCCCUGUGCCUGGGCCCUGGGCUGAUGGAAGAUGGUCCGUGCCCAGGCCCUUGGCUGCAGGCAACACUUUAGCUUGGGUCCACCAUGCAGGACACAAAUAUUAACACACUGCCUGGUCUGUCUGGACCCUGAGGUACAGCAGAGGUGCAAGAUCUAGUCCCUUUUCCUCUAACUCACUGCCUAGGAGGCUGGCCAAGGUGUCCAGAGUCCUCUAGCCCACUCCCUGCCUACACACACAGCCUAUAUCAAACAUGCACACGGGCGAGCUUUCUCUCCAACUUCCCCUGGGCAAGAGAUGGGACAAGCGUUCCCUUAAUAUUGAGGCUGCAGCAGGUGCUGGGCUGGACUGGCCAUUUUUCUGGGAGUAGGAUGAAGAGAAGGCACACAGAGAUUCUGGAUCUCCUGCUGCCUUUUCUGGAAUUUGUAAAAUCGUUCCUGAAUACAAGCCUAUGCGUGAU